UGGGGACGGUGUCAGUUUCCACGGAGCACACGCACACAGUGAGAGAGAGAGAGGGCUGCGUUUCGGCUCUGGAGGUGAAGCGGAUAUUUUGGAGGCAAAGUUAUCAGUGCCGAAGUGGAAACUGUCAGAACCAACGCAUUUGGAUUCUGUUGGAUCGGGAUACGCACGGAGCAGAGGGGGGGAUACGAGGAGUUUUGCACACACACACCCCCCUCCCUCCUUCUCUUCUUGGCGCAUCUGAAAUGCGCUGCGCUCCGCCGUGCGCUCUCCGCCACUGACAGCGUCUGCAGCCCUGCUUCAAGAUGGCGGCUCGGCUUCUAUUCAUUUUCUGCUGAUCAGCCUGCCAACUUUCAUUGUCUCCGCCGCGUCGAGAGCCGUCGAUCGCCAGCCAAGCGUCCAGGUUUGUCCCCGAUUUCUGCUUUUUUUUCUGUAAAGUUCAGCCAACAUGCAUCGAACCACCAGGAUAAAGAUCACCGAGCUCAACCCUCACCUCAUAUGCGUCCUUUGUGGAGGAUACUUUAUAGAUGCAACCACAAUCAUCGAGUGCCUCCAUUCUUUCUGUAAAAUGUGCAUUGUGCGUUACCUGGAAACCAGCAAAUAUUGUCCCAUCUGUGAUGUACAAGUGCAUAAAACCAAACCCCUGCUCAACAUCAGAUCUGAUAAAACUUUACAGGAUAUUGUGUACAAACUGGUACCGGGCCUUUUCAAAAAUGAAAUGAAGAGGAGAAGGGACUUUUACGCAGAGCAUCCCGUAGAUGCAUCCAAUGGUUCACAUGAGGACCGUGGAGAGGUAGCAGAUGAGGAUAAGAGAAUAAUCACAGAUGAUGAGAUCAUCAGUCUUUCCAUUGAGUUCUUUGAUCAGACCAGACUUGUAGGUGGAGUGGAAGACAAGCAGACAAAAGAUCAGGUGGCAAACAAGAGGUACCUGCAGUGUCCAGCCGCCAUGACAGUUAAGCAUCUGAGGAAGUUUUUGCGCAGCAAGAUGGACAUCCCAAGCACAUAUCAGGUUGAGGUUAUGUAUGAAGACGAGCCUCUCAAAGAUUACUACACAUUAAUGGAUAUAGCGUAUAUCUAUACUUGGAGAAGGAACGGCCCCUUGCCCCUGAAGUACCGGGUCCGACCCAACUGUAAGAAAAUGAAGGUGAACCACAGCCAAGAGGGUCAGAACAGCCUUAGCAGAUCCGCUCCGGAGAGCGACUCCGCCAGCGACAAAGCAGGGAGUCCCACCGGGGCUCCGUCCACCUCUUCGUCGCUGCCAAGCCCCGGGACCCCCGCUCUUUCCCCGCACCCUCAGCUCCCGCACGGCCCCAGCAGCAACAACAUCGGCAGCGUGAACGGGAGCUCCGCGGCUGGAGCUCAGACCCCUAGCCGAACCUUCCCCCACUUCGGUGGCAGUAAACCUCGGAAGGUCUCACUGAACGGCUCGGCGACGUCGUCCGGAUGACGCCGGGACCCGCCUGCUGACGUCAGACUGCCGCUGCGCUCCUUCGGUUUCCAUGCCAACGUAGUUCCACUGUGUAGACGAUGAUCUCUCUCUUUCUGUCUCCAUUCGUCGUUCUAAAUAUUAUGGCAUCAUUUGUACGUUUAAAAGUAGUGGAAUCAGAGACAUUUCAAAAAAACAACAAAAACAACAAAAAAAAACAUAAAAAAAAAAACAGAAGUGGGAAAUUUUAUUUUGAAAGGAAAAUAAUGGAGGGAAGAAAGAUGGAAAUAUGUAUCCCCUUUAAAAGCUACAUCUUUAUUUGACAGAAGUGACUGAAGAUGACACUUCAAUUAAAG